AUUGAAGAUAAGGGCAAGGCAGCUGCAGGAAAACAGCAGGAUAUUGAACUGUUCCUUCUUUCCUCGGCUUUUAACCAUUCCCCAUCUCUUUCUCUCUCCUUUGCUGCCUUCGGUGACGCUUGGACAUGCAGAGCAGCGAGGGCUUUUGGAGAAUAUCUUUCACAAAACCAUCCUGAAGGUAGAAACGGCUCAGAUCACCUGUUAGCAGACUCCUACAUCGGGCAGGAGGAAUCCCCUGAGAUGCAGCAAGCGGCACAGAACAAGCGCAGGCUCUCCGUCAUCUCAGAUGGCAAAUUUGAGAGGAGCUUCUCGGAGGAGCAGGCAGAGAAGAUGCCAAGUGAGGGACCAAAGCCACGAGUCUACACCAUCUCCGGCGAGAGACCGAUGCUGUCGGACCAUGAGAACGAAAGUAUGGAACUGGUGGUGAUGAAAGGGGCUACCCAAGAGGAAUGCCACCACGGCCACCAUGUCCACAGUGCUGGUGGCUCUCACGGCGUUACAAGGCAUUGCAAGGGCUGGCCAGGCAGCCGACAAGGCUCCAAGGAAUGUCCAAACUGCACUCGGUUGGCUGCCCCUUCCCAGCAUUCCUUUGACCUGGAGCAGCAGCAAUCCAGUGAGACUGGGUGGCACAGAAAAAGGCUGGAGAGGAUGUAUAGUGUGGAUCGAGUGUCUGAUGAUGUCCCCAUACGAACCUGGUUCCCGAAAGAGAACCUCUUCAGUUUUCAAACUGCUACUACAACUAUGCAAGCGUAA